AUGGAUGUAGUUGAAGCAAAUCAGGCUUCUAUAAGGGAAGAAAUGGACAUGAUGAAUGGGAAGAUAGAACAACUCUUAGAGGACAUGAUGUCCAUGGAAAGAAAAGAAGACAAUCCCCAUAUAAUAGUUGAUACCAAAAACAUUGUAUCCCAAUUGGGCUCUUCUUCACUCCGUAUUCCUGAAGUGAAUAAUCCUGAAUUUGGACUACCCCUAGGGCAUAUUCCUCCUGAAGGAGUUACUAAUCCUCCACCUAUCAGGAUCUCUGUGGUAAAUUUGGCUACCCAAGAUCCUUAUGCUCCCUCGAUAAGGCAACGAUCCCUAUAUAAUGAAGAGGAUCCACAAGAUGCUUACAGUAUGCCUCCUCAGAUGACUCAGAUGGCACCUACUAUUGGUCCCUUGUCUGAUCCUACUACCGAGAGGUUGCAUGCUCUCGAGGAAAAAUUCAAACCGAUGGAAAUGCACAACACUCCAUGCCUUGAUGUUAUGGACAUGUGUUUAGUUUUAGGAUUGGUUAUUCCCCAAAAGUUCAAAGUACUAGACUUUGACAAGUACAAAUGGGAUAGCUAUCCUUUAACUCGCCUAGGGGCAUACUGUCGUAAGAUGGCGAUGUAUGCAGACAAUGACAAGCUAUUAAUUCAUUACUUCCAUAAUAGCCUCAAUGAGGAAUCUUUGGAAGGGUACAUGCAGCUUGAGCAGAGCCACGUCCAGUCUUGGAGGAACCUUGGUGAGGCGUUCCUCAAACACUAUCAAUAUAAUAAGGAUUUCAUUCCAAAUCGAACUCAAUUACAAGAUAUGUCACAAAAGAGUAAUUAG